GCUCCUUUUCCUCGAUCCCCAACUUUGACCCUCCACAAUCGAAGCUUGGUUUUUCUCUCUCUCUCUAAUCGGAGUUUCAACUCUCAAUCUACCUUCUCCGUUUGAUUCGCCAUGAAACCCUUCUCAGUUUUCUUCCUCGCCCUUCUCCUUCUCGCCUCUCCAGUUUUCAGAGUUGCCACGUGCCAGUCGGACUCUGAUAGCGAAACAUCUGAGGUUGUUGAAGAAGCUAGCGAUCUUGGAAUUGUGGGUGAAGAAGAUUCCCAGGAUUUUGGAGAAGUGAAUUUUGCUCCAGCUCCCGGAGUUGAUACUGUCUGUGUUUUUCCAAAGAAUAGUGCACGCAUAGUGCCUGCUGGAGAAGAGACUGAACUUCUCGCUGGAGUGAAAAAUGAUGGUGAAUCAAGCUUGAAUAUUAUAGCUAUUAAGGCCAGCGUUCAUUAUACCUUUGAUCAUCAUAUGUUGAUUCAAAAUCUUACUGGACAGGUCUUCCACAACGCAACGGUGCACCCAUCAACUCAAGCUACUUUCCCAUACAUAUUUGCUGUCAGCAAGUUUUUGCAGCCUGGAAACUUUGAUCUAGUGGGCACCAUAUUUUAUGAAGUAAACCAGAAUGCAUAUCAAAGCGUAUUCUUUAAUGGUACUAUUGAAGUCGUUGAAGCUAGUGGUGUCAUCAGCAUCGAGUCUGUGUUUUUAGUUACUCUUGGAAUUGCCCUUCUCGUCCUGCUGGGCUUAUGGAUUCAUGGUCAAAUACAGCAAAAACUCUCAAAGAAAACCAAGAGGGCUGCUUCGAAGGUUGAAGUGGGAACGAAAACUGUAGAUACCUCAAUGGAUGAAUGGCUUCAGGGAACUGCAUACAACCAGUCCCAAUCAAACAAGUCAAAGAAAAAGAAUUAACCGAGGACUCGACUCGUCUCCAUCCCAGUUGCAUAGUACACUAACAAUGUGCAGAUUCCUGCAACUCGCGUUAGGCAGUUGAAGAUUUGAGGAGAGAGUUAAGGGUUUUGACUAGUUUUGGAACUUAGGUGCGUUAAACCCUUCCUUGCCGGUGUAGCAUGUCAAAGAAUCCUUCACAUUCUGCAUUUCUUAGUGCCAAUCUAAACUAAGUUUGAAAUGAUACAGUUUUCUGAAUCUAGAGAAUUUCCUUGAAGCAUAUGAUUAUCAAAGUUUAAUCUUCUAGACUUUCCUUGGCACCCUUUUUCUGUAUGCAUCACGGUUUCGGCUUCGUUGAAUCAUCAAUGUAGCGGGGCAUGCAGGUUGACGAUUUCUCUUGGACAACUCUGACCUCUACUUUACUGGAAAGUUUUGCUCGUUCGACAUCUGUGUUGAUGUCGUGUCGUGCCGACCUUUCUAUUAGACUUUUAAUUCGCUAAAUAUCAGUUUUUUCCCUCAUUAAAUUGCCCCAUGUGAUGUCUUGGCUGGUACCUUUCAUGCUUGGAUGUAAUAUGGAACAGAAUUUGAUUUUGUGAGGAGAAAAAUGGAGAAUUGGUUGAAUUGCUUAAGAGUUGGGUAAAGAUUAUUAAAUUGGACGUGAUUGGGAGGCCAUAUGCCAGCAAGGAAAGAAAUCAAUGAGAUUGGGUCUCCUCUUCUUUGUAGUGUCUGGAUUUUCUUGUUUUUCAUUUUCUAGUUUAAAUAAAAAUUAUAAUUUCUCAAA